AUGCAAGAAUGGGAGUUUCGUUACUCGGCAGCGCUGGGCCUUCAUCCACCAUCGUCCAUGCCUACACUAAGGAGAAUUCACCACAGUUUCCUUCAACACCUUUUUCUUCCUCAAACCCUCUACUUGUUUAAGGUUUCUUCAAGUUUCUUUCAUCUUCAAGUCUUCUUCAAGUCCUUUUCUUCUUUAAGUCUUCUUCGAGUCUCUUUUUUUUCAUAUCUUCAUAUCGUUUAUUUUUUUCUUCAAACCUUCUUCAAGUCUCCUUCAUCUUCUUCAAGCCUUCUUUUUCAAACCCUCUUUUUCUUUAAGUCUGCUUCAAGUUUCCUUCAUCCUCUUGAAACCUUUUUCUUCUUGGUUUUCUUCAAGCCUUCUUCAAAUCUCUUUCAUCUUCAAGCCUUCUUCAAAUCUCUUUCAUCUUCAAGCCUUCUUCUUCAAACCCUCUUCUUCUUUAAGUCUCCCUCAUCUUCUUCAAACCUUUUUCUUCUUGGUUUUCUUCAAGCCUUCUUCAAAUCUCUUUCAUCUUCAAGCCUUCUUCUUCAAACUCUCUUCUUCUUUAAGUCUCCCUCUUCUUCUUCAAACCUUUUUCUUCUUGGUUUUCUUCAAGCCUUCUUCAAAUCUCUUUCAUCUUCAAGCCUUCUUCUUCAAACCCUCUUCUUCUUUAAGUCUCCCUCAUCUACUUCAAACCAUUUUCUUCUUGUUUUUUUCUUCAAGCCUUUUCUUCAAAUCUUUUCAUCUUCAAGUCUCCUUCUUCUUCAAACUCUCUUCUUCUUUAAGUCUCCUUCGUCUUCUUUCAAACCAUUUUUCUUCUUCAAACCAUUUUUUCUUGGUUUUCUUCAAGCCUUCUUCAAAUCUCUUUCAUCUUCAAGCCUUCUUCUUCAAACCCUCUUCUUCUUUAAGUCUCCCUCUUCUUCUUCAAACCAUUUUCUUCUUGGUUUUCUUCAAGCCUUCUUCAAAUCUCUUUCAUCUUCAAGCCUUCUUCUUCAAACCCUCUUCUUCUUUAAGUCUCCCUCGUCUUCUUCAAACCAUUUUCUUCUUGGUUUUCUUCAAGCCUUCUUCAAAUCUCUUUCAUCUUCAAGCCUUCUUCUUCAAACCCUCUUCUUCUUUAAGUCUCCCUCAUCUUCUUCAAACCUUUUUCUUCUUGCCUUCUUCUUCAAACCCUCUUCUUCUUUAAGUCUCCUCUUCUUCUCCCUCUUCUUCUUCAAGCUUUUUUUUCUUCUUGCCUUUUUUUCAAACCUCUUCUUCUUUAAGCCUUUUUCAAAUCUUGGUUCUUUCAUCUUCAAAGCCUUUCAUCUUCAAACCCUCUUCUCUUCUUCUUUAAGUCCCCCUCAUCUUCUUCAAACCUUUUUCUUCUUGGUUUUCUUCAAGCCUUCUUCAAAUCUCUUUCAUCUUCAAGCCUUCUUCUUCAAACCCUCUUCUUCUUUAAGUCUCCCUCUUCUUCUUCAAACCUUUUUCUUCUUGGUUUUCUUCAAGCCUUCUUCAAAUCUCUUUCAUCUUCAAGCCUUCUUCUUCAAACCCUCUUCUUCUUUAAGUCUCCCUCAUCUUCUUCAAAUCUUUUUCUUCUUGGUUUUCUUCAAGCCUUCUUCAAGUUUUUUUUCUUUUCUUUCUUCUUCAAAUCUUCUUCCUCUUGUCUUCUUCAUUUCUUUUUCUUCAAGUCUUUUUUAA